GAUGGGAGACAGUCCUAGGCAACGUAGUACGCAAAUCUCCAGCCGAGACGCGAGAAACCGGAUAACGUACACUAGUUUGAGAUAUCAGUGAGGCGACAGCGAAGAGCGGACCGAGCGACCCGCGCGUAACCGAUAGUUUUCAUAGUAGCCAAAUUGAAAAUUCUCCAUUUUGUAUACAGGCGGACGGUCUAGUGACUUUGGGCAGCAAGAUGACGACAUUAACGAUAGCCCGAAAUGCGCUAAGUGCGCAACCGUCAUCACCAAAGCAAGAGUGAGUGAUCACCAAAGUGGACUUCCUUUUAUGCUCUUUCACUUUGCCGCUGGCCAGGUCAACACAUCACCACACAGCUGCGUAGCCGCCUGCGCGUCAAGCUGGGCUCCGACUCGCUCUCUCGCUCGACGGACUGAACAUACAGUCAUUACGGAAAAAAGGACAUUUAACGCGAACGUAUCCACUUUUUUUGAGGGGGGGGGGGGUAAUUCUUGUUCUGCGUUCUCGCAUCAUAAGAUCAGUGGAACAGGUGACACUGACAUCUGCUCCGUCUGUCGAGCAGAAUUCAAGCUCAUAUGGAAAGUGAAAUGAAACGUCUAAACCCUGCGGUUGUCGUCUGUCACACUGGGCUGAGAACAUAUCUACUGAAAACUUCCAUGGAGUAAAGUAGCUGACAGUAAGACGCGGACAGCAUCCAAAUGAACAUAUGAUACCCAAAUGGCAAGUCUGCUUCUGUUGGAAGUUUGUGGAGUCAUUUGAUCUGUUCUGGGAAGACAUUUAUAGUCUUAUUUACAUUGGUUGACUGCUCUGGCUGACUCCAAACAGACAUGAAGAGACUAUGUUUUAUCAUCAACAUUCAGCUUUAUAUUGUUGAGUUAAAUUAUUAUGAUUAUUAUUAUCACUUCUUCAAACACUACUCUGCUGCUUUUGGUUGUUGUUGUUAAUAAGCUUCUAAUUGGCUUAUCCAUCCCCCCACCCCUCCCUUUCAACUGUUCUCCAGGUCCUUGCUGUAAAUGAGAAUGUGUUCUCUGUCAACUUACCUGCUAAAAUAAGGGUAAACAUUUUUUUUUUUUUUUUUUUUUUUUUACAAUUACAAUUACAAAUCCAUCAAUAUUAUUGUAAUGUGUCGAUGUCAGUUGACACUUCAUCUAAUGUGGGGCAGUCAGACAGUGCCACUUCUAGUACCAUGUGUUGGUCUGUGGCUGCUGAGCUAGCAGAGAGCAAUCACUGGCCUAUUAAGGAACACAAUGCCCCCUGUUGCUGCAGGUCCUGCCACGGGAUCAUUUCUCAACAGUUCAGAGUAGGAGCCUCCGACUGGGCUGACCAGCACCAGCCUCAGUUCAGAGUAGGAGCCUCCGACUGGGCUGACCAGCACCAGCCUCAGUUCAAAGUAGGAGCCUCCGACUGGGCUGACCAGCACCAGCCUCAGUUCAGAGUAGGAGCCUCCGACCGGGCUGACCAGUCUAAGAACCAGCGUCAGCCCCAGCCAGACCAGCCUCGGACACAGACACGACCAGCCUCAGACACGUCUUCAGACACUGUCCUGUCCUGACCAGCUUCAGCCUCAACCCCAGCCAUUGUUGGAGCUUCAGUCUCAGUUCCAACCCCAGUCUCAGACAAGGCUUCAGCCUCAUCCCCUGAUUCCAUCCUGACUCAGCCAGUAUCCAACGGCAGGCUGCCGGGCCACGGGUGUAGCAACGGGCGUAGCAACGGGCACGGCAUGGGCAACUCCUCCAGGAAGGAGGAGGACGAGGAAGAGAAGGAUGGGGAUGGGGAGAAAGUGAAAGUAAUGGAGGAGGAGAAGAGGAGGAGGAAGAAGAAGAAAGAGGAGGAGAUGGAGGAUGAUGAGCUUCCCCUAGGGGUGGAGGAGAUGCUGGCGAGCGGAGAUCCCGUUUUGGACCUGAGCUAUAAGAAGUUUCGCAGGUUGCCCGGUGUGGUCUGUGGGCUACGUCACCUGGAGAAGCUGUAUGUGUGUGGUAACAGCCUGCGGACCCUCCCGGAGAACAUCGUCCAACUGAAGGGCCUCCGCAUCCUGGCUCUCGACUUUAACAAGAUGGAGGACGUCCCGUUGGCCAUCUGCCAGCUCCGUAACCUGACACGUCUCUACCUGGGCUCCAACCGCCUGAUAUCUCUCCCUCCAGAGCUACGCAACCUUCAGAGCCUUCGCUGCCUCUGGAUGGAGAGCAACUACUUCACAUGCUUCCCCCGCCAGCUCUACGACUUACCCCACCUCAGGUCCCUCCAGAUGGGGGACAACAGGCUACGAACACUGCCCCCGGACCUGUGGCGCAUGGAGGCCCUGCGGGGACUCUGGCUCUACGGAAACCGUUUCACAGAGUUCCCCCGUGUCUUACUCCGCAUGGUGGAUCUGGAGAUUUUAGACCUGGACAAGAACAAGAUCGAGGUGUUCCCUAAUCUGAGCCGGCUCCCCGCCCUCCGCCUCUUCUCCUACGACCACAACCCUGUGGAGGGGCCUCCUGGUGUGGGGGAGGAGGUGCUGCUGGUUGGGGAGGGGGCCCAGGAGGAGCUCCAGGAACGGGCAGACAGGAAGGCUAAGAAGGAGCAGGAUGUGAGGGAUGCGGAAGAGGCUGUGCUGGCCGGGGAUGGGCCUGUGAUCCAAGGCAUUCUAAAGACGGCCAAACAGAACAGUGCAUCGCACGCUGGGCACAAGUACAACGAGGUGGUAACCGUGGCGAUGCCCCUAACCGAGGAAGAGAGGAGGAAGGAGGAGAUGGAGGCGGAGUUAGAGAGGGCGUUGAACGACUACGGGGCGGGGCUUGAGUAUGACCUGGAGGGGAUAGAAUAUGACAAGGAGGAGCUUAUAUGUGAGGGGGAGGGGUAUGAGGUUGGGGAUUUGGAGUACGAACGAGGAGAUAUGGACUAUGAGUAUGAGGAGGGGGAGGAGCUAGAGGAACCAGGAAGACAAGGGGGCCGGCAUUGAUGACUGUCUGAUUGACUCCUCCUCUUGCAAAGGCUCUGAGUCCUUCCCUCCUAAGUCUAGACUUGUUUGACCUUGCAGCAGAUUACUGACUGAUCUACAAGCCACCUUGCAUCAUAAAUAACUACUUAGAAUUAUUUGUAGAUCAGUCAGUCACAAUUUACCAACAAUGCAUCACGGAUUCGAUGCUCUCAGACACAGCCUCUCACCCCUCCCCUCCCUUUCCUAAACCUAGGACCCCUCCCCUUCCUAAACCUAGGACCCCUCCCUUUCCUAAACCUAGGACCCCUCCCCUUCCUAAACCUAGGACCCCUCACUUUCCUAAACCUAGGACCCCUCCCCUUCCUAAACCUAGGACCCCUCCCUUUCCUACAUUUACAUUUUACAUUUAAGUCAUUUAGCAGACGCUCUUAUCCAGAGCGACUUACAAAUUGGUGAAUUCACCUUCUGACAUCAGUGGAACAGCCACUUUACAAUAGUGCAUCUAAAUCAUUUAAGGGGGGGGGGGGGUUGAGAAGGAUUGCUUUAUCCUAUCCUAAAUCUAAAUCUUAUCCUAAACCUAGGACCCCUCCCCUUCCUAAACCUAGGACCCCUCCCCUUCCUAAACCGAGGACCCCUCCCUUUCCUAAACCUAGGAACCCUCCCCUUCCUAAACCUAGGACCCCUCCACUUCCCAAACCUAGGACCCCUCCCUUUCCUAAACUUAGGACCCCUCCCCUUCCUAAACCUAGGACCCCUCCCCUUCCUAAACCUAUGACCCCUCCCCUUCCUAAGAUUCUGACUACUUGGCAGCUUCCUGAUUUGCACUAGGAGGUGAUAUGAGAACUAAGUGGACAAUAUAAGGAAAACACCAGGAUUAAUAGCCUAUGUUAGUUAGUUAAUUAUCCAUUCAAGUGGAUUCAAAUAUUGUUCUUCUGCCUUUCUAGGCUAGACCUUUUUUAUGACAACGCUCCAGCUGUCAUGACAACGCCCAACCAGAGGGUUGUUUAACUUAGUAAAUCCUGUGUGAAAUGAAUUAAUGACUAGCCUCCUGAACCUGUUGCUAUAAUAUGUGACUUUGACAUUCACUGUCCGUAGUUAGAAGUAGAGCAGGGCUGAGCCACUAAAUAACUAAGACAUUAGAUGUUUUUCAAACUGACCUGAAGACAGAUCCAUGCACUGCACAUUGUGGAGAUGAUGGCAGGCAGCGGCGUCUUUGCCAACUCGGCAAAUUGGCAAGUCAGAGCAGGACUCCGGUGACGCUGUAUGUGUGUGUCAGUGUGUGUCUGCAUUGAGUAAGUGUGUGUGUGUGUGUUUGAGUGGUUGUGUGUGAAUGCGGACACGCAAGUGUGUAUAUAUGGGUGCGUGUGUGAACGCGUACACGUUUUGAGUGUGUGUAUUUUGAAGUGGGGGGGGUAAACUUAUUACCUUUGUAAUGUGAUAUAGUUUGUUUUUGUUAAACCCAUUAUGUGUAUAAAGGAAAUCUAAUCUUGCCUCAUUAAAUAAUGAUUGAGUU